ACUCUAAUCAGUCAACGUUUUAUUGAACACCUGUGUUUUGAACUUGUCUGUUUGCACAUGUACAGGUACCCUGACAGCAGGGGGCUUUGGUGUGCACACGGCACUAAACUUGUAUAAUUAAGCUAGGAAAGGAGCUUUCACAAUUUGCAGGUGGCAUACAUUACGUAGUUUCAGUAACAAUACCGUCUAUAUCCUGUAUUUUUUCCAGAAAAUUUAGUAAAUUAAAAAACUCGAAGAAAUUUUUUCAACUCCCAGAACGAAAAAUAUAUAUAUAUAAUAAUCAUAGCAAUGCCAAACUGCCCUAAAUGCGACAAACCAGUAUAUUUUGCUGAAAAGGUGACGUCCACAGGUAAAGACUGGCACCGGACAUGUUUGAAAUGUGAAAAAUGUAACAAGACCUUGACUCCAGGAUCACAUGCUGAGCAUGAAGGCAAGCCUUAUUGCAACAAUCCUUGUUACGGCGCCCUCUUUGGGCCAGGAGGCUACGGAAGAGGCGGAACCCAGAGCUAUCAAUACAACAAAUAGAUAUUUAUAAAUUAUGUUAGAGUAUUUUCUAUAGUAAUUUAUAAACGUUCUUUAUCUUGGCCCAGAUAAGUAACCGUCAUUCUAGUCCAAUUAAAAAAAUAAAAAUACAUUAAGAAAACAAUACCCAGUUAUAAUUUCCGCCUGUUUGUUAUGACAUUUUUGUUUACCUUACUUGUAAUAGCAGAAUAAUUAGUGUAUAGGUGUUUAGCAAUACGAAUAAUGUAUACAAACUCAUUUUUGAUUCUUCCGAACAGUAUUAUCAUAUUGUAAUUUGUUUUACUGUUUUUUAGAUUAGCUAAUAAAUUAUAUGAUUUGCGUCAAGAACUGUUGGAUAGUUCAUUUCCAUUUAAAAAGAAAAAAAAACAGAAAAUAUUUCUGGAGCAAAUGGCACCAACAUAUUAUACAUUUCUUGAAUGGUUGUUUCAUUUAUUCUUUAAAAUUGUGUAUUAUCUGUGAUAUAUUUAAUGCUAGACAGUUUUCUUUUGUUUUUUUGUUUUAUAUCCAUAUAGAAAAAAAUCUGUUUACACAUUGACCUAAGCAAUUAGAAGUGAUGCGUAGUACAACCCAUCUACAUAUCAUAUUUCUAAAAAAUAGUUUGCAGCCAGUCAAGAAACAUUCUGUUAUGUUAAGUUGGUCUAAAGUAACUAUGCGUUAUUUCCUAACAAGAAUUUCAAACUAAAUCAUUAUGAAAACCUGUUUGUACUAACAUUUUGUUGUUUAUUAGAAUUUGUAGUGCAUACUGGA